UCCCUAUCCAUUGGCCACAUCAUCAUCGAGUUCGUUAGACUUUGUCGAUAAAAAGUAAUAGACAGUGACAUUAUUGGUACAAAACUAGAAGUUCAAUAUUAUUUGAUGGGGACCGGAAAUAAAACCGGAGGACAUUCAAUUCAUACCACCGUAUCUGUAUUAUUGAAGACCUUAAAUCUCUGGUGUGAGCUGUUGUAAAAGCUCAGAACUUCAAAUUCUCCUUCCCAAAUCAUAAAUUUGUAUCCCGUUAGAUAAGCACUGUUGUCUUUAUAUUUAGUGGGUCCACAUAAAUUAUAAUUUUGAAGAAUUCCGAGAAGGGCCAUGGCUGAUAAUUCCAAGGAAGAGUUUCUGAAUCUGAUUAAGCGAGUUGGGGCUUUUAUCACUGUCAAGAUUUCCAAUCUCUUGCGGGACCUGGAUUCGAGAUCUAUUGGAGCUAUUGCUGGGUUAGCAUUAGCAGUUUUUUUUACUUGGAGACUAUUGACACUACCUAGUGGGACUCAAAGAAGGCAACAUAAAAGUUCGGCUGGGGCCACUAGCUCUGGUUCUAGUACUUGCACAACUGCAGAUGUAACAUGUUCCAAGGUUAGCACUUCUUCAGAAUAUUCAAGCACUCAGAAUGCAGUUAAGGAGCUCUUUCAGCCUGCGAAGCCAACUCUAGGUAAAAUAGUUAGAAAAAGGUUGAAUCGAGGGAGGAAGGUUACAUGCCAGUUGCUUGGUGUAAUCCUUGAGGAAAGCAGCCCAGAGGAGCUGCAGAAGCAAGCAACUGUAAGACCAUCAGUGCUAGAGGUGCUGCUUGAGAUCACAAAAUGUUGUGAUCUUUAUCUCAUGGAAAGGGUGCUGGAUGAUGAAAGCGAAAAGAAAGUUCUCGUAGCAUUGGAAGAUGCUGGAGUUUUUACAUCUGGUGGCUUAGUUAAAGACAAGGUUCUCUUCUGUGGGACAGAGAAUGGGCGGACAUCUUUCGUAAGACAACUAGAACCAGAUUGGCAUAUAGACACGAAUCCUGAAAUUGUCACUCAGUUAGCGAGAUUCAUCAAAUAUCAGCUUCACAUCUCUGCUAUCAAUCCCGAAGGUUCGGCAUCCAACAUUUUCACUACUACAUCCUUGGAAAAUUUCUUUGGACUCGUUUAAUCUGCAUCUAGUAAGGGAAUACAGUUUUUCGCAUCCACUUUGUCUUCUUCACCUACAUUAAUACUAGUGAUUAUUGAAGUUCAUCAGAUAGCUUAACAUUGUACUUUAAGAUAAUGUACAAUAAUCUAGGUAACAAUAACAAAAGAACUCUUCGUAAUUAGGUCGUACCCCGGGUUGACAAAACCUGUCUGCCAUCUACGAAACCAUGGAUAAUUUUUCUCUUGUUCCAUUGGAGUUUAUAUUGUACAUUAGCAUUUAUGAUACGUUUGUCUCGGUUGUUGUCCUAUAAUUUUUCCUUUCAUGGGAUAUCUUUCUCUGUAAGCAUUAUGGAAGUAUCUCGAUUGCCAUGUUGCUUAGCCCAUGUUUGGCUAAUGUUUAUAAA